AUGGUCGUUCAAAGCCAGCUGCGGGCUUGCAAACGCAAGCCCAGAGUCAUGAUCCUCACCGACAUAACCAACGAACCCGACGACUCGGAAUCACUUGUCCGCUACCUGCUCUACAGCAAUGAGUUAGACACACGCGGCCUUGUGGCCUGUACAUCCACGCACAUGAGGUCCCGCGUAGCUCCGUACGAGAUUGAGAGCAUCGUCAAUGGCUACGGCGAGGUUGUCGACAAUCUCAACGCCCACGCCCAUCCCGACAACCAAUACCCGAGCGCACAAAGCCUUCGGGAUAUGAUCAAGGUCGGCCCCCCGAUGUACGGAAAACUCGCAUUGGAGCCUUUCACUCUACUGAGCAGCGGCUCCCAGCUCAUCAUUGCUCGUGUUGACGAGUUCGAGGAGCCCCUUUGGGUGCUGCUCUGGGGUGGCGCCAAUACACUUGCACAGGCUAUCUCUCAUGUCGAGAAGACCAGAAACGUUUCGGCGUUCACUCACUUCAGGUCCAAGAUCAGAGUAUACGCCAUAUCUGACCAGGACGAUACUGGUGCCUGGAUCAGAGUCACAUACCCGGAUAUUUUUUACAUCUGCUCUAUUCAUGGCUGGUGCCAGUAUACUUCCGCAGCGUGGACAGGGGUCUCAGGACCGACCGAUCCCGGCGGUGCAGACCCUAGCCAGUUCACAAGGGAAUGGAUCAAGCACAAUAUCCAGAUCGGGCCUCUGGGUACUAAAUAUCCCGACUUCAAGUUCCUCGUUGAAGGCGAUACCCCGACGUUCCUGUAUCUCAUACAAAACGGCCUAAGCUCUCCAGAGCAUCCUCACUGGGGUAGCUGGGGCGGCCGGUACAGCUACUUUGAUCCGGCCAUGACGAGCAAUCAUUUUGCCGACGCAGCCGACAGUGUGGUAGGGAUGGAUGGGCGGACUUAUACCAGCAAUUUCGCCACCAUUUGGCGCUGGCGACGUGCCUUCCAAGACGACUUUGCAGCCCGUAUGCAGUGGACACUUACUAAUGAUCCUUGCAAGACCAAUCAUGCACCCGUCGUCUUUAUUAAUGAUAGUAAUGGUGGUUCUGAGCCUGUACUAAUAGAAGUAGAGGCUGGCGAGAAGCUUUUCCUCGAUGCCUCCAAGAGUUACGACCCAGAUGGAGAUGACAUCACCUUCAACUGGUUUCAGUACAAGGAACCAACCUCUGUACAGGGAUGGCCCGAAGUUCUCACUGGCGUUGAGAUCACUACUAUCGACUUGGAAGGUCCGGGGGAUAGGGUUGAAGUGCAAAUUCCAUGCCCCGAAGUGUCCGCUCAAGAGCCGAUUAGCGGUCAGGCAGUGGCUAAGGGCCAUGAAUACCAUAUCGUCCUGGAAGUUCGGGAUAACGGAGCGCCUAGUAUGACGACAUAUAAACGAGUCGUUAUACAAACUACGAACAAGGCUCUGCGUGGUAGUAGGGGGAGUGCGGUCGCAACAACUGCGGAGUGGCUGGAGCUGCGGAAAUAG